AAACAUAAUAAAAUUCCCAUUCUUAUACCCUAGCUAACCCCAAAAGCUCGCCGGAACCGCCGCCAUGUCUUCGAAGGGCAAGAAGAAGCAGAAGCCGUCGGUGUCCCCGCAGCCGUCACCUCGUACCCCCCUCUCUCGCGCCCGUGAAGGCACCGGCCCGUCCACCGCUGCAGCGGCAGCGGCUCGGUACCCGGCGCUCGUACCCCGUGGAGGCGCCGGUUGUUUCACCGGCACCGUCUUCGAUGUGGUCUCCAGGGGCGGGAUUCGUGGUGGUGAGGGGAGGCUCUGGCUCUCCGGGGACGCCAUGGCCAGCUCCGGGCUGCGGCAUGGGUGUCUCGUCUCUGUGUCACUCAUUUCUUCAAGUAGUAACAGUUUAGAUGAAUUCCCACUUGAUAGCUUAUUUGAGGAGUGCACCAGAUUCUUUGAUCUUGAUGUGGACAAUGAUCUCAUCUCUAAUGAAGCUGGGGUGAACUUUGUGACUGCCAAAGUUUUCCCUUCAUGUGAGGUUCAAAAGAAUGGCAUCAAGCUCUCUUGGGACCUUGCCUGCACGCUGGGAUACCCUGUAGUAGGACGUCCUUUGUUAAUUAGCCCCCUAUAUACAUCUCAAGCCCCAAAACAAACUGAUGGUGGUGAGUUUUUGAGGGUGAUAAAAUGCAGCAAUCUCUACCUUAGUCUAGUUCCACCAAAAGUUGCACCAUCCAACCAUAAUAAGUCAGAGUCUGAUUGCCAUCCUGUAAGAAAUGUGAUGGUUACGGAGUCACCUAAAAGGAUUCCUUCAACUUCUCCAUGCAGAAAUGAAUCCCAUGACGGUGCAUCUUACAGUGGUUCUUCAUUGUGCUUGGAUCAAGCCACUGCAAAAUCAGUAUUGGCAGAUGAUAAAAUAAAUGACUUGCUGCAGACUUCUGCAUCACGGUGGCUCGGUGGUAGGCACUUACUGAAAGGAAACUACGUUCCUCUCCCAAUGUGCGGGAAACUAUCUAUGUUCAUAGUUUUGUGUGCAGAAACAGAUGGUUCUGCCCUGGAUGUAGUGCAUGAGAAAAGCAAUUCAAUGUCUAAUGCAAAGGUCUCUGGUAAAUUGGUUGGAAUCCCUGCUUUGUUCCUUGUUGACAGAACCACAAAAGUGCACCUUUCUGAUUUGUCAUCUUCAAAGGAGUUUGGGUCAGAUAAGCUAGGGUUCCCACCAGAAUAUUCCAUGUGUGCUGAUACAGGAAAUGAAGAUACCAAUCAUAACCAAAGGCUUGGUGGGUUAUCUGAAGUGUCAGCAAAAGUAAAAGAAAUGAUUUCAUUUUCGCUGGCAGAUCAAAUUAGUCUGCCGAGGAAUGGUUUGCAUGAUUUACCAAGGUAUAAAGGUAUUCUUCUUUAUGGUCCACCUGGAACAGGGAAAACCUCUCUUGCUUCUUCAUGUGCCUAUGAUCUGGGCGCCAAUCUUUUUACAAUCAAUGGACCAGAGAUCAUUAGUCAGUAUCACGGUGAAAGUGAACAAGCAUUGUAUGAUGCUUUCACUUCAGCUAAGCAAGCUGCACCUGCUGUGAUAUUUAUUGAUGAAUUGGACGCGAUUGCUCCAGCCAGGAAGGAUGGAGUCGAGGAGUUAUCUCUUAGAAUGGUUGCCACUCUGUUAAAACUGAUGGAUGAGAUUGGCCGUAAUGAUCGUGUUAUCCUGAUUGCUGCUACAAAUCGGCCUGAAAGUAUUGAUCGUGCAUUACUGCGCCCAGGAAGAUUCGAUCAAGAAAUUGAAAUAGGAGUACCAUCUCCAGGACAGAGGCUGGACAUACUUCACCUCCUUCUAAGUGGAGUUCACCACUCUCUCACUAGUGAGGAAGUUGAGUGCCUUGCUUUUGCCACUCAUGGAUUCGUGGGUGCUGAUCUAGCUGCACUCUGCAACGAGGCUGCAUUGAGUGCUCUUCGCCGUUAUAUCAGUGUAAAAGAAAGUUCAACGCAACCACUUGGUGAUCGUGCCACACAUGCAGAAAAGACUAAUAUUCAAGAAAUUGAUGGCAUUUUGGGUUAUGAAAUAAGCUCAUUAUCAUCAUCUCUCUCAAAGUUAACCAUGUCAACGGAGGAUUAUAGCUGGACCAAUAGAGGUGAUAUCAUAGAAAGUAGCGAGCUGGAUGAUAAGAAAGAUGAGUUGCUAUUGUUGGUGACUGAAGAUGACUUUGAACAAGCUAAAAUGAAAGUUAGACCAAGUGCAAUGCGUGAGGUAAUGCUAGAGCUUCCGAAGGUACAAUGGGAAGAUGUUGGUGGUCAAGCCAGGAUCAAGAAGCAGUUAAUUGAAGCCAUCCAGUUGCCACAGAAAUGCCCAGACGCAUUCGAACGCUUAGGGAUCCGCCCUCCUAGAGGAUUGUUAAUGAUUGGACCACCAGGUUGCAGUAAGACAUUGAUGGCUCGCGCCGUAGCUUCUGAAGCAAAGAUGAAUUUCCUUGCAGUUAAGGGUCCUGAGCUUUUCAGCAAAUGGGUCGGUGACUCUGAGAAGGCAGUGAGAUCAUUAUUUGCGAAGGCAAAGGAUAAUGCGCCUGCAAUAUUAUUUUUUGAUGAAAUAGAUGGGCUUGCAGUAACUCGUGGCCAUGGAAGUAAUGGCAUAUCUGUUGCUGAUAGGGUACUCAGUCAGCUGCUACAGGAAAUGGAUGGUUUGGACCAAAAGAUUGGUGUCACUGUUAUUGCAGCUACGAAUCGUCCUGACAAAAUCGACAUUGCACUUCUGAGACCAGGUCGUUUCGAUAGACUGCUUGAUGUUCAGCCACCAGAUGAAGCUGACCGUGAAGAUAUUUUCCGGAUUCAUACACGCAGCAUUCCCUGCAGUCACGAUGUUAAUCUAAACGAACUCGCUAGACUCACAGAAGGCUACACCGGUGCCGACAUAAAGCUCGUCUGCAGGGAAGCCGCUGUAGCUGCUCUUGAUGAGAACUUUGACAUCCCAGAAGUAGCAAUUACACACUUCAAGUCGGCAAUCGACCGAGUAAGUCCAUCAGAUAUGAAGUUUUACCAAGAACUCGCGGCACGAUUCCGCCGACUCGUUGAUGACACAGAUAAAGCAACUUUGCCCGGAACACAUAUCGAACCUGCCAUUUACCUCCUCUUCCUCCUCCGUCGCCUCGCCACUGUCUUCGCCAUGGGGAGACGACCUGCUAGGUGCUACCGCCAGAUAAAAAACAAGCCAUACCCCAAGUCAAGGUACUGCCGUGGUGUACCUGACCCGAAGAUCAGGAUCUAUGAUGUUGGGAUGAAGAAGAAGGGAGUGGAUGAGUUCCCCUCCUGCGUCCACCUGGUCAGCUGGGAAAAGGAGAAUGUCUCCAGCGAGGCUCUUGAGGCUGCCCGUAUUGCUUGCAACAAGUACAUGACCAAGAAUGCUGGAAAGGAUGCGUUUCACCUGAGGGUCAGGGUCCAUCCAUACCAUGUCCUUCGUAUCAACAAGAUGCUUUCAUGUGCUGGGGCUGAUAGGCUCCAGACUGGAAUGAGGGGUGCUUUUGGGAAGCCUCUGGGUACCUGUGCUCGUGUGGACAUUGGCCAAGUGCUCCUAUCUGUGCGCUGCAAGGAGAGCAAUGCUGUUCAUGCUGAUGAAGCCCUCCGCCGUGCUAAGUUCAAGUUCCCUGGCCGUCAAAAGAUCAUUCGCAGCAGGAAGUGGGGCUUUACCAAGUUCAACAAGGCCGAUUACAUCAAGUACAAGAGUGAGGGAAGAAUCGUGCCUGAUGGUGUCAAUGCUAAGCUGCUUGGUGUCCAUGGCCCCAUUGCUAAACGCGCACCUGGGCAGGCGAUCCUGGCUUGAGGCAGUUGAAGCAUGCACAGACCAUUUCCUUCGCUAGAUGGAACUCAUGAGUUUUUAUCCGCUUUAGCUAGUAUAUUCCCCAUGCUUGAACCAGUGUUAAGUAAAGCUGGCUGCUGGCUGCAGUAUAAUCUACUUCUGUGGUUCUUUACUGUUGGCCGUGUCCUGGUGGAGUUUUACAUAUCUGCAGUUGUACUGUUUUAGCGCUUUCUGGAGAUUGUUAUCUACAAGUGCUACAGAUUUUCUGGAUCAUCUAGGAAUUAUGUAUAACGUUUGCGUUUGCUCAAUCUAUGUGACCUUCUCAUUGAUUUUGUGGCUAA